CUGACCUAGCAGGAUGUUUUGUUAGCCCGUAGGGGUUGUGUUUGUCGUGUCACAUGAAGAGGACAAUUCCCCAUAUUACACGGACGGCAGUUUAAGAUUGUUUUGCGCACAGUAUUUAAAUUAGAAACCAAUAUAAGAACCACCAUCUAUCAGCAUGGCAUGUAGAGACUGGUUGUUGUUAGUGGGAUCUUGUUGUCUGAUCCUUGCUGCACAGGUGAAUACUCAAACAACAGCAAUAUCUUCAACAACACCACGUGCAACAACAUCAGAGUCACAAGGAGCAUCAGAGAAACCAACCACACCAGGAAAUACGUCGUCUACAAAACCAACCACACCAGGAGAUACGUCGUCUACAAUUCAGUCCACUACAACACAAGCAGCAGCAUCACCACCAACAGCAUCACAAGCAACACCAGCAACAACACCAGCAUCAACACCAGCAUCAACACCAGCAUCAACACCAGCAUCACCAGCAACACCAGCAUCAACACCAGCAUCAACACCAGCAUCACCAGCAACACCAACAUCAACAACAGCAUCAACAGCAACAACACCAGCAUCAACAGCAACACCAGCAUCACCAGCAUCAACAACAGCAUCAACAGCAACAACACCAGCAUCAACAGCAACAACAGCAUCAACAACAACACCACCAGCAACAACACCAUCUCAAAGUUCCACAAAAUUGACACCCACUACCAAUGGCUCCAGCAUCUCACCAAAUGACACUAAUAGCACUGAGGUCACACCACAAACAUCUUCAAAUCCUUCCCCUGUCACAGUCCCUGAAGCAACUACUCCUUCCUCCACGGUUGCCACAGUGUCACAAGGCAGUACAGGAGCACAAUCUGCUUCAAAGCCAUCAACAACUACUGUUUCCCAUGCAUCAUCUACUGUUUUGCCGAAGACGCCAAAUCUGGUGAUAAAUGAGUUUUCCUACAACGACCUCUUCUCCAAUGGUAGCUCCUUUUAUAUAGAAGUUAAAAGUGUGGAUGGCGAAGCUGCUCCAAAAAUGGUGGUCAUGGUGUCUGAUCUGAAAAUGACCUGUAUUGCUGUAGUCCAGAUAGAUUCUGUUGCUUGGAAGGACAACCUGGCGUAUAAAACAGCAACUCUGACACCAGCAAACAGAAGAUCAGUGAUAGUGUCCCUCUACACUGCCGUCAACUGGACAAGCUGCACUGAUGUCAAGAUCGCCGAUGCUGCUGCAGUAGACGCUACCAUUGUCAGCCAAGACCCAGUCACGACAAUUAAUUCAAGCAUACCAUUUGUGCCUGACUAUUUGUCAAGAAUACUCAUUGCCGCGGUCAACAAAAGCAGCACAGGGCAAGUCGGUGUUUCUGUUGUCCGUUGUGAUGACACACACCUGGACCCGGGCUCAUUCAUCAUAGCUUCCUCCACAUUCAACCAAUCAAACAACUGUGACCUUGACCCUGCAACUACACUCAAGACAAUCACCUUGAACUACACAGCCUGCAACACGUGGAAGAGUGAUACCACCAGGAAGCUGAUCAAUUACUUUGUUGAAAAAGUUGGCAAGAAAUUUCAGUGUGGCUUCUCUCCUGUAUAUGUACAAAAUGCUACGAUUAACUGCACAAAGGGGACCACCAUGCAGUGGUACAUCCCUGGGAAGUUUGAGACACAGUAUGACAAUGUUGUCAAUGAUACGACCUGCAUGAACAACGUAACACUGGGGGAGCUGUGUCUUGUUAGCGCAUGUCGUAACUGCAUCAUCGCAACAAAGACUUCCCCGAAGAAAGGUGACAUAAGUGUGACAGUUGGUGUUGUGAUUGCCUGCAUCGUUAUCUUCCUCGUCAUCGUUGCCAUAGUGAUCUUGUACAUCCGCAAGAAGCGCCGAGGAAUAUUGCAAUUCCGUAUGACCAGACUGGACGAUGACGACGAUGACCUGAUAAUGUCUAAUGACACCGAUGACUUUGUAGGUGGUCAGGAAGCUAGCUUCAGUAACUCCAGCUACACCCGAUUCAAGUAACCACAAACCUCACGUGUAUGUCCUAGAACACUGCCCCGGUCAUGUGCAGUCAAGGGAGAUAAAUUGACUGACAGUGUCGAAUUGUGUGACAUGAAGUUACCAUCUCACUUGAAUACGUGAACCAAUUCCUUUUUAGCAAACACCAAGCCUUCUUUUGGUGAUUUUAGCAGUAAAUGAGUGCUUGAAUGAAUGUUCGGAUGGUCAUUUUGUACACUUGUAAGUUUGUUGUAGCAGAACAAUUGUUUUCGUGUUCAGAAUAUUGAUGUUUAGCAAAUUGAUGGGAUAUUUUAUGCACGAGAGGAUUAUGAUAGUUCUCAUAUCAUAAUUGAAUAAAGUGCACACAAACUACUUAUUCUACUUAAAAUGGUGUGUAAUGUAUGAAUAUUGAAAUUUUUCAAUAUGUUUCUAUGAUUCUAUGAAACUACUUAAAACUGUGAUUGACAUAUGUUCUAGUGCUUUUUGCUAUGUUAUUUUCUGAUUCUCACAAACCAACUCUAGUUAAAACUGUAACAUUUAAUUUGUAGUAUUUUUAAGUAUGUUUCUCUUGUUCUCAUAAACCAGAACUACUUAAAGUGUGAUCAAGUUUUAUAUUUAAGAGCCUUGUAGCCGUCUCUCUGUUUAGAGGCUUUGAUAUUAAAUUUAUUGUGUUUUUCAGUGAGAUGGUUGUGUAUUCAGAGCAUGGAAUCCUUACCAUAACACCAAUGCUUACAGGCAGUUGUUUCACCAACUCAACAUAUAGAUCAUAAACUUUGAGAUUUUCAAGACCAGAAAGAUUUUUAUUGGGCAGUGGAAAAUCUCUGCAAUGUGUCUCAUUGGUUUGUUUAUGACUCACCUGCCCAAUGAAUGCCUGGCAUUGAUAGCAUGGAUUUUAGGAGAUGUGGUUUGUAGAAACUACAAUCCGUCCAUCUGGUAAUCUGUGUGGUCAUCUGUAUGUGUAGGGCUGAAGCCAAUCUAUGAAUAUGAUACAUAUCAUAAAUAUGGGGUAAUAGAUUUGAAUUUAGGGGAACGAAUACUAUAACAAGUUAGCAGUCGAUGUGUUAUUCAUUAUACUAAUGAAACAAUAGCAAAAUACAUUCUUUGACUUGUUUUGACCAUGUUAAUUCAUCACAACAAUGAAGAGUGACGACAUAAGUGUCAAAUUAAACAUACAAGUGUCAACAAUUAUCCUGCUGGCUUGGAUAUAUUCCAAUUUACAUUUUUUGUUGUGAUAAAAGAAACACACUUAAGUAAUCAUGAAUAUUUUAUUCUAGUGAUCGUGAAUAACGAAUUGAAUUCAUGAAGGUAUAUGGAUCAAUUCACCAAAUAUGCGAGUGAAUUGUAAAUGCAAUACUGUAUGUGUAUGGCUAUUUAGAGCAUUUUGGGAUAUAUUUGCAGAAAAUUAAACAUUUUGAAAAUUAAAAUAAUGAUCUAGUGAGAUAUGCACUGUUUAAAAAAUUUCCUGAAAACUACAGUUGAAUAUGUGCAUGGCUCCUUUGUCAUUACACUUUUGUUGGUUGUAUUUGUUUUCACUUAUUUUGAUGUUAUUGAAGCUUUUACGAACUGUUUAGGCCAGACCCAUUUUAUUUUUUGUUUUACGGAUCUGUCUGUCAUAUUUUUUCAAGAAUAAGAAAGAAA